AUGGCCGCGGCGGCGCAGGGCGAAGCGAGCACGGGCGCCACGACGACGGCGACGUUCCGGCGCGUGUACGAGACCCUCAAGGCCGAGCUUCUCCGGGACGGCUACUUCCACUUCAACGACGACGCCCUCCGAUGGCUCGACGCCAUGUUGGACUAUAACGUGCUUGGCGGAAAGCUGAACCGUGGCUUGGCCGUCGUCGAGAGCUACAAAUCGUUGAAAGCAGGAUCUGAACCGAGCGAGGAGGAGGAGUUCCUUGCUUGCGUUCUUGGCUGGGGCAUUGAAUGGCUUCAGGCUUAUUUCCUCAUCCUUGAUGAUAUUAUGGAUAAUUCUCAAACUAGGCGAGGAAAACCAUGUUGGUAUAGGCUUCCGAAGGUUGGCCUCAUUGCUAUAAAUGAUGGACUUCUCCUUCGCAGCCAAAUAUCACGGAUCUUCAAGCGUUAUUUUUACGGGAAACCUUACUAUGUUGAUCUCCUAGACUUAUUCAAUGAGGUCGAGUUCAAGACGACUUCUGGCGAGUUGUUAGACCAAAUUACAACAAGUGAAGGGCAGAAAGAUCUGAGCAAAUAUACUGUAGAUGUUUACAGGCGCAUUGUAGAAUACAAAACAGCUUACUAUUCAUUCUAUUUGCCGGUUGGUUGUGCACUGCUACUGUCCGGUAGGAAUUUAGAUGAUUAUGUUCAAGUGAAGCACAUCCUAGUUGAAAUGGGUGUUUACUUUCAAAGUCAGGACGAUUAUCUUGACUGUUUUGGUGAUCCAGAAGUUAUGGGCAAGGUUGGAACCGAUAUUGAAGACUUCAAGUGCUCUUGGCUGUUUGUUCAAGCACUAGUACGUGUCGAUGAGAGGCAAAAAGACAUCCUAUUUGAAAAUUACGGGAAGUCAGAUCCUGCUUGCGUCGCAAAAGUGAAGGCUCUGUAUAAAGAGCUCAAUCUCGAGAGGGUGUUCUCUGAGUAUGAAAGUGAGACUUAUGAAAAGCUGAUCUCAGACAUCGAAGCGCAGCCAAAUGAAGCUGUACAAGCAGUGUUGAAAUCCUUUUUGCAUAAAAUCUACAGGAGGAGGAAAUAG